CUGCACCCUUCGCCACGAGCUGCACGGGGCCGGCUGCUGGCGAAGUACCAGCGGCGCGCCUCAAGGCCGGGCGGGGCACUGCCUCUCCGGCUGGAAUGCGGCUCCUGCCGCACCUGUCGCUCGGGGAGCUCCCGCCGCCCUGGGCCCCUCGUCUGUGCUCCCCAGACGGGCGGUGCCAGUCUGCAGCUCGCGGCAGCCGAGGGGAGAGACGCAGCCGGGCAGGGAUGGAAGACUGGGUUUACUGUCUCUUUUUUUUUUGUGCGGUGUUUUCUGCAAGAGUCCUUGGUUUCCCAAAUGGAAAAAUCAAUGCAGCUUGUGAUUCCAUGUUACCUAGUCAUGGUAACGUUGUUUCACAAACUACAGCAGCACCUUACAGGAUCUCCAUAUCCAGCUCUUCAUUUGACCCAGGAAACAAGAUCACGGUGACUCUACAAGGAAUUGACAGUUCCACUUUUAAAGGAUUUUUACUGCAGGCCCGAGCAGUUAGUGGAGAUGGUAUUGUUGGUACUUUUCAAAUCAUAGAUCCAAACACACAAGGUCUUUUGUGUAACCAAGUUGAGAAUUCUUCAAUGAGUCACACAAAUCGCAACAGCAAGCAAAAUGUAACCGCAAUUUGGGUAGCACCAUCAGGCACAGGAAAUGUACAAUUCAGAGCAACUGUUGUUCAGAAUGUGAGUGUUUUCUGGGCUGAUGUCAGAAGUCAAACUCUUGUGUCUUCCAGCUCCUCUGUUGACUCAACCUCUGGACGUGAAGGCUGUGGAACACAGAAGUUUUGUUUCAUCAGUCCCACUGGGUGUAAUCUGGAUGAUCCAAAUUGUUAUUUCAUGUCUUCUGAGUCACUAGGUGGUGACGCUUUUAAAUUUGAAAUGAGCGGCCUUUCUGAUGGAUAUAUAGCCAUUGGGUUUUCUGAUGAUACACAAAUGGGGAAUGAUGACAUUUAUAUCUGUGGUAAGAAUGCAACAGGACAAAUAGAAGUUCAACAUGCCUUUUCAACUGGACGAACUAGUCCCGACAUUUUGAGCCUGGGUAAUGUUCAGACCAUAAUGACUUCCUUUAACAACGGAAUCAUCAACUGCUCUUUCAUUUCAAGAAAUCCCAUAUCGACUCAGUCAAAAGCUGCCAGCAAUUUGUACUUCAUAUUUCUGGCCCAGGGACCAUCGUCAGCUGGAAAGAUACAGAAGCAUCCUACGACACCUUUUAUCACUCCUCAGAAAGUGAACAUUUCAAGUUAUGAAGCAGUUGGUAGCACCAGUUCUACACCUUCUAUUAUUAAGGCUCAUGGGGCCCUGAUGCUGAUAGCCUGGAUGACCACAGGAAGUAUAGGAAUGAUAUUUGCUAGGUAUUUGAAGAAUACUAUCAGAAAAACUCUCCUUGGCAAAGAUAUUUGGUUUCAGAUUCAUUUGUCUCUGAUGGUGAUAACGGUCGCAGAAACAAUAACUGCUUUCGUACUGGCCUUUGUAGCAGUAAUGGGAUGGGCUAAUCAUGCAGAAGCCCAUGCUGUCAUCGGAUGCAUUAUCAUGAUUCUUUCUUUCUUACAACCAGGGAUAGCGCUUUUUCGGCCUUCUCCUCAAAGUAAAAGGAGAUUUAUUUUUAACUGGUUUCAUGCUCUAAAUGCUUUUGUCAUAAAAGUCUUGGCUGUUGCUGUCAUAUUUCUGGGACUGCAGAUGCUUGACCCCUCUCCCAGCCGAUGGAUGGUCAAAACUAUGGGAGGAUUUGUAGGAUGGGAGGCAUUAGUGUACAUAAUGCUUGAUGUAAAUGCUUGGUUGAAAAAGAAAGAGAAAUAUGAAGAUUCACAUAGAAAGAUAAAAAAUGAAAUGGUUCUAUUUUUAAUAUAUAUAUGUGGAAACCUGGCAUUUUUAAUAGCACUGCUUGUGGGAAUUGGAAAAUCCUAAAAUGGACGGAAUUUAUCUUGGAGGAAUGAAGAUUAUUCCUAUCUUGAGACGCUUCUAGAGUAAAUACAAAGAAACAAUGAACACUGAAUAGAUAUUUUAGCAAGUUUUUAAUUUUUGUUUGUUUAUAAAUAAUAUUUUAGGUUCCCUAAUUGACACAUUAUCAUUUUCUACGCAAUAAUUGAAAAUAAUUUUUAUAAAUGAAAUUUCAUUAGCUGCUUAUUGGAGAUGUUCUACACAGUAUAAUAUGAUGCAAAUAAUUAAUUAUUUCUGAUUUGAAAGGUAAGAAGGCAGUAUAUAAAUGCUAGGUGUUCACAGUUGGUUUGUAUUACACUCCUUUCUAACCUUUGUCGAUGUUUCCAUCCUUAACAAGAAAGGAUUUGUUUGUGUAGAGAAAAAGUUGAGGAUCUGAUUUUCAUAUGACUAAUUUAGACUGAGAACUGCACAGGCAAAUCUCUGUGUCCACCAGAGUCCUGUUGACUUCAGGAUUUCAGUGAGGCUCAGUGCAGGCUCAGGGGUCUAUCGACAAGGUUCCCAGUACAAGGUCAGGGCCACAGAGUGUGUCUGCACAGGAGCUGGAAGGUGUAAUUCCAGCACAAGAUAGACCUGUGCUGUCUCCGAUCAAGUUAGCACUCAGAAAAACAGAAGCGUCGUCAUGGCAGCACAAGCAGCAGAACAAGAUAGCCGCACUGAGUACAUACAUACAGGGCCGACUUUACGCCAGUCCCACCGAUUCCCUGGAAUUGGGCCCUGCACCGAAGGGAGCCCUGCUCCAGGGGUCUUCUGUGGGACUUUGGUGGUGGGGGGUCCUUUAGUGCUGCCAAAGCCCUGGACCACUGCCGAGUAUUGCAAUCAGGUACCGCGAGUCAUAAAGCCGGCUUUGCAUGCAUAUGGUCUUGGACAGGAUCAUACUUGGGGCAGCUAGCACGUGCCAGUCUCAUGUCACAGGAGCCAUACUUCUCUUUUUUAGCAUGCUAACUUACUUAAAGCUAGCUUAGCUAAGUCUCCUCGAACUGAAAUUUAUGCCUUCCAGCUCCCGUGCACACAUAUUUCCAGUCUACUGUAGGCUUCUGUUCCCAUUGAUGUCAACCAAAAAAACUCCCUCUGACCUACAUGGUCCAGGAUCUGACCUAUAGACAGUGCCUGGCUGUAUUCAUGCUUGUUCAGAUUUAAUGGGUAUUUCUAACAUAAUUCCCUGUUUUCAAAUACUCAAAACUUUCUUUUAUAGUCUGAAAAUAGGAACAUGAGAUUACACAAUGAAACUUGAAAAUGCAGAUAUGUUUUGAAAAUUGUAAAGGUCCCAGAACCCAUGAUGUACUCUAUAUAAGCUUCUUUUUUACUAAUUAUAUUUGAUUGUUGUUUUUAUAAUGCAAUUUACAUAUGAUGAAUAAUA